UGUGACUGCCCCCUUUUCACGCACCUGUUGGAAGCGGCCGUCAGAGAAAGCAAUCUGAAGAUGUAAUUUGUAGACAUCACAAUGGAAUUCUGCAUCACACAAAGCUGGAAUGGCGGAAGUAUAAACCAUGCACCGGUUAAAGUAAAAAUAGCACCAAAUUCUACAAGUGAUCUGAAGCUUUCAGUUUACGCACCGUAUUUCGGAGAUCCACCAGCACCUGAUGGACCCAGUGGUUUACCCUUUCCUCAACUGUGGGAUUAUGAAGUUGUCGAAUUAUUUCUCCUCAAUGAUGACGACAGAUACAUCGAAGUGGAAUUAUGCCCGCAUGGACAACAUCUCGUGUUGCUGUUAAAUGGAAUACGAAAUAUUGUGAAGGAUGAAUUGUCAAUUCAAUAUAAGGCCUCCAUUGAAGGGAGCAGGUGGUCCGGAGAGUCUCUACUUCCCCUAGAAUAUUUACCACCGAAUGUGAACCGAAUGAAUGCAUUUGCUAUUCAUGGCUCUGAAAAUAAUCGAGUUUAUGAAGCUCUUCAUCCGGCGAAUACAUCAUUCCCUGAUCCCGACUUUCACCGACUAGAGUUCUUUCAACCUAUAAACAUGUCAUUUAUACCGGGAUAUAAUCCAUCAACAGUAACACAAACGUGGAAGAAUAUUCUAGAAAAAUAGUUAUUAAAAGAUAAAUCACAAAA